AUGACAGCAGCGGAUGAGGCGGAAGAGCUGGCAUUGCGCUGCUGCGUGUGUGGCACAUCAGCCGAAGAUGACAGCAAUUACCUCAACACGAAGAUGAAGAUGCUCAUCUCGAAAUGUGGCCAUCGUUUCUGUGACCACUGCAUUAAGCGUGAGUUUCAACACCAGCGCGAGAUCGCGUGUCCUGCCUGCCAGAAGGCAGUAAAGAAGUCUCAAUUGCAAGACAAGACCAUUGAGGAGCUCAAUUUUGCCAAAGAGACGUCGAUACGGAAGAAAGUGACCAAAGACUAUAAUAAAACAGAGGACGACUUUGACACGCUGGACGAGUAUAAUGACUAUCUAGAGACACUGGAGAACCUCAUUUUUGAUCUAGUGUAUGGUAAUGAAGGUGAAAAGACUGCAGCACAAAAACAGUGGAAGCAAUAUCGGCAAGAAAAUGCCAUUUCUAUAGCUACAAAUGAUGCCAAGAAAGCAGACGAGGAACGACGAAUGGCGCAAUUGAUUGCAGAACAACAGAGAUUGGCUGAGGAACGUCGUCAGCUUCAACAGCGUGAGGAUUCGCAGUUUGAAGCGGAUCUAGAGCGUCAAAAGGCGCAGUUGAUGGAGGUGGCAUUAGGAGAACGGGACGAAAGUGACGUGUCAAAGUUGCGUGCGACGACAACUGCGAUUCCGAUCGAUCAGGCUGUUACAGCAGAGAUGGAAGCUGCUAUGAUGGGGUUCCAGCCUGGAGUAAUUGGCGGGCCUCAGCCAGUUCCAGUUCCCGGAGGCAAACGUGGACCAAACUUUGCUGUCAACGAGUCAAAGAAGCUGCGACGUCAGCAGCAACUUGCAGGUGGCUACGACCCAGAUAUGCACUUUAAGCGCAAUCGAAGCGAAGCCUGGGGUGGCAUCUACUUUUGCCCCAUCGACAGAAAGAACGAGAGCAACGGCCCAAUUCCAAUGGAGAUCUGUUAG